UUACAGAUCAUUACAAGAAUGCCAUAUUUUUCUGAAACAGGAUUCUGAAAUGGAUCAUACUGAUACAUUUUCAAGCAUCUUUCAAGAUGCCUUUGUUUAUUGUGAUAAAUUGUCUGAUCUUGGUUCAGAUAUUUCAAGUCCAGAUUUGAUUGUACAAAAUUCUAUGCAAACUAACAAUGUGUCAUCAAUUCUUCCCCAUUCGGUUGCUUUAAGUUCUCCUAAGUCUAACAGCAUUUCUUCACAUUGUGCAUCAUCUCCAAAAGUAAACUAUAAAGUCGAAGAUGUUUUAUUAACACCGGAAGAUUUUAUUUCAUCUUCACCUACAUCAGUAAAUAAAAUAGCACCAUGUGUUUCAUCUCCAUCAUCAUGUGUUCCUGUUGCUUCUUGGGAAGAUUUAGAUAUCAAAUCUCCUCCAUCAGGCAGAGAUGAAAAUUCCAUAAAUUCCAUUACUUCAUUGGAUACUUCAU